AAAUAUACUCUUUGCCGUUCAGCACACUGAUAGCAUAUAUCUUUGCCAGUGUUUUCAGCACUGGCGCUUUGCGCAUGCACCGAUCAUAGACCGGCUUUCACAGCCAGGUACGUUGGAACGCAUAUGCGUUCCACUUUGUCCAGCCCACUUCCGGGUUCGGCAUUUUGAGGCGCACGAUGCGGCUCGCGCCUCUAUUCCAUGCUUAAUGGAUCUAAGUUAA